AUGGCUCUGCGCCUGCUCCUGCCGCUGCUCCUGCUGGCCGCUGCCCUCCUCGUCCUCCCGGCUCGAGGCAUCAGCAGCCAAGCCUCUGACUGCUGCCUGAAGACGAGCCAGGGGAAGAUCCCGCUGGGCCUGGUGAAGUCCUACAGCGUGCAGGGACCCGAGUCGGGCUGCCUGCUGCGCGCUGUCGUGUUCACCACGAGGAAGGGCAAGAAGCUCUGCGCCUCCCCGGACAGCUCCUCCGUCCAGAAGGUGAUGCAGAAGCUGGACAAGAAGAAGGCGCAGCCCGUGACGCCUCGGAGAAAAUCCCCGCAGAAGAAGGCGCAGCGCCCCUAG